AAUAUUUGUCGGCGCAGGGCUCUGAGCACAAAGCAAAGAACAGCAGAAAGAAAAUUUAAAGAAGGAAAUUUUUUGUGAAUACGAGCUGAUCUGCCCAACCCAUAAAAUUUCUUGUUAAAAAUCGUAAUUAAAGACAAUGCAGACUAUUAAGUGUGUUGUUGUUGGUGACGGUGCUGUUGGUAAGACAUGCUUGCUUAUCUCUUAUACAACUAAUAAAUUCCCCUCGGAAUAUGUGCCCACCGUUUUCGAUAAUUAUGCCGUAACGGUUAUGAUUGGUGGCGAGCCCUAUACAUUGGGUUUAUUCGAUACAGCUGGUCAAGAGGAUUAUGAUCGUUUGCGUCCAUUGUCGUAUCCACAGACCGAUGUGUUUUUGGUGUGUUUCUCAGUCGUUAGUCCUAGUUCAUUUGAAAAUGUUAAAGAAAAGUGGGUGCCCGAAAUAACACACCAUUGUCAGAAGACACCAUUCUUGUUGGUGGGCACACAGAUUGAUUUGCGCGAUGAAACCAGUACUUUGGAAAAAUUGGCUAAAAACAAACAAAAGCCCAUUGGCAUUGAAAUGGGUGAAAAAUUGGCUAAAGAAUUGAAAGCUGUCAAAUACGUUGAAUGUUCAGCUUUAACACAAAAAGGUCUUAAAAACGUAUUCGAUGAAGCAAUAUUAGCUGCAUUGGAACCACCAGAACCCACAAAGAAAAGGAAGUGCAAAUUCUUAUAAUUUUUAUGUGUAUUAUAAUUUAUUGAAAAUAACAUAACAAACAAAAAAAUACACGCAAUCAACAAUUUCUAAAAAAAAAAAUAACAAAUAAACAUAACAACAAAAUAUUGGCUUAUAUUAAAAUUUAAAACAAAGCAUCAAAUUUCAUUAUUAAAUUGAAAAUAAGACAAAAAAUUAAAUUAAAAAAACAUUUACGGCUUAAUUUAAAAACAAGUAAAAAUGAACCAGUUAUUAAGAAAAAUAAAGUUUUUUUUUCAAACAAAAUCUUUAAAUUAUAAAAGAACACCAACAUUUUAAAUAAUGUUAAACUAUUUUCUAGAAAACAAAUAUUGAAAAACUUCAAAAUAAAAAACAUUUAAAAACUAUUCAAACAGCAGUAACAAUAAUUUAUCUAUAAUUAUAAUGGAAAUUAAUACCAACAACAGAAUUGAGUAUUGAAAAUAAAACAAAAAUAUGAAAAGAAAAAAACCUUAUUAUAAACCACAAAAAUAUAGUUAUUUAACAUUAAAAGUCUACAAAAACAUUAUUUCCCUGUAUUCCCCUUAUUUAAUUUUACGUUUAAUUAUUUGUUUUAACAGUUUUUUCUUCUCUAAACCACAAUAUAUUAUUAAAUUAAAAAAAAAUCAAAUUCCAUACAAAAAACUCUCUAACUAUCCAAAUAUUUCUCUCUCUAACUAUUUCCCCCUCAUGCAAAAGCAACACUUUGUCUUAAUAAGGUGUGUUAUAUUUAGUAAUUAAAACAAAAACAUUAAAAUUAAUCUAAAAUGAAACACAAAACGUGCAUAAACAAGAAAAAAUAGUAAGAAAAAGAAAACAAAAAUGAUUCUAGUUCUCUCGUCGUAAUGAACUAAUGCAUUUUUUUUAAUUUAAAUUAAAUAAAAAAGUAUAUUAAAAUAUAUUAAUCAUUAAUAAUAAAAGCAAAAAAACAUAUUUUUAUAUAUACAAUUAUCAAUUUUUACAUUAUAUUUUAGUUUUAGACAUUGUAAUUAUUGAUUUCAGAUAUUAUAAUAAAGAAUAAAACCAAGAAAUAAUAAAAAAA